AUGACUGUGAAUAUACCCACAGUAACAUGUGACGAUCUAUCUGCUUUCCAUACAAAACAUUUCAUUACCCAGAACUUCAGCCCGACCGCGGCCUCUGAUUUCUUCGCAAAUUCCUUCAAUAAUACGGAAACUCACUCCACAGUCUAUGAUGACUCGUAUACUGAUGACUUGGGAUAUUACCCCGACGGGGUGAAAAGAACACUCACCGAUGAGCAGAUUCAAAUAUUCCGCCACAGCGAGAUUCAAGCUCUUCUUCGCCAGAAGCAACUAGAAACAGAAGCUUCUAGCGACAGCAGAAACGAUACAUCUAAUGAAGAGCAGUGUGAUCAGCUCACUGGCGCGUCUUUUGAUAAACGGGAGACGAUAGCCCAAGAUGGAAAAGAGCUCAAAAAAUUGAAACUACCAAAUAAGACGAAUCAAUCUGGUAUGAGUUCGAACCCCAUAGCACCAGCUACUUUAGAUGAUGUAAAUCGAAACGGGAAACCCAAAGGGAAGUCACAACAAACUCUCAAGCCAUCAACCGAGUUUCGACGACGAAUUAUCUGUUAUGAAGACGCGUGA